AUGACGAAGUGGUCGAUCGUUAAGAGAAUCCCCGUCUAUGGUGCUUCAUUCAAUUCAAUGAAACAUUUGGUGUUAGCUCCAGCUGAUUUGAGCUGGAGCUGCUCGUUCUCCGGUUUGCAUUCUUUGAUAAACACAGGUGAAGAUGACGAAGAACUCCUGAAGAAGAUAGUUAACCAUAGUGAAAGUGAAUCAAAGUUCAUCAGCAAAAUCAAUUAUACGAAUCUUGUUGAGAAGUAUACAAGAGAUGGAAAUCUCUCUGGUGCGUAUGACUUGUUGCAGUCCUUACAAGAAAAGAACAUUUGCUUGCCUAUUUCGGUUUCCCAGAACCUUCUCACAGCAGCGGGUGAGCAGAACGAUCUGAAGCUUUCUUGCAGAAUUUUCAGAGAGCUAUUGGUCUCGGUGGGUACGCCCUCGAGUUCAGAUUGUUAUCUCAACCUCGCUAGAGCCUUCAUUAACACGGAUGAUUGCACGCAUUUGUCUAGUCUUCUCAAAGAAAUUUCAGAGUCUUCUCUUCAGUGUAGGUUAAUAGUAAUGAACAGAAUCAUCCUUGCAUUUGCGGAAUCUAGACAGAUUGAUAAGGUCCUUAUGAUAUUUAAGCAGAUGAAAGAGUGGCAAUGUAAACCAGAUGUGAUCACAUACAACUCGGUUUUGGUUAUCUUGGGCCGAGCUGGCCUCGUGAACGAGAUGCUCGGGUUAUUGUCUUCGAUGAAGGAAGAUUGCGAUGUAUCCCUAAACAUUAUUACAUACAACACGGUCUUAAACGGGAUGAAGAAAGCUUGUAGAUUCGAUAUAUGUUUGGCAUUAUACAGCGAAAUGGUGCAGUGUGGAAUUGAACCGGAUUUGCUAAGCUAUACCGCUGUGAUAGACAGUUUGGGUCGAUCAGGGAACACAAAGGAAGCGUUGAGGCUUUUCGAUGAGAUGAAAAACAGACAGAUUCGACCGUCGGUCUAUGUCUACCGAGCAUUAAUCGAUUGUCUGAAGAAGUCAGGAGAUUUUCAGAGGGCAGUGCAGCUUUCGGAUGAGUUGAAAAACACAUCCUCGUUAGAUUUGGCAGGUCCACAAGAUUUCAAGAUACACAUGAGAUCACAUAGACGCUAA